AUGCCCCGCAGCAACGCCGCCCCGCUGGCGGCCACCUCCCUCGCGCGGCACCUCGCUCUCGCCGUCCCUGCAGCAACAACGUUCGCGGCUCCGCCCUCUCCCUCGCAUGGCAACUUCACCGACGCCGUUCCCUUGGAGCCCCAACCACAGUUAUGCAGCCAUAAGAGAAGGGUCAGCAUGGCCAUGGAGAUACUGAUAGAGCCUAGGUUGCUCAUCGUAUAUGAGCUCGCCAUUGGUUUGAACAGAAACUCUUGCAUGCAUUCAGUUCGUCGGAACUGUCUCUCAGGACAUACCUAUGAUGACUGCUUUCUGACCUCCAUGAAGAGCCUCCAGCCCUCGCUUGCCACCCUCCCUCCGCUUGCGCUGCUGAGCGGGUCGCUGAAGAGAAUGGGGAGUGGGGAGAAGUCGAAGGAGAAGCAGAUGGAGGAGAAACUGCUGGACAUCCUCGCGGGGUCCGACGAGGACUCCGACGGCGGGGAGGACCUCUCUAAGAUCCAGAUCAACGCGGAGUACGCUCGCCGCUUCGAGCACAACAAGCGCCGGGAGGUGCUGCAGCGCCUCGAAGAGCUCAGGAAGCAGGGCCUGGUCCCCGCCUCUGACGACGGCGAGUUAGAGUCGGAGGCCGAGUCUUCGGAGGAGGAGGAGGAGGAGGACGAGGAGGCCGCCAUUGCCUCGCGCCUCGUCGAUCGUCGCGUGUUCGAGGUGAUCCACCUCAUCCGCAGUGGCGACCCCCGCAUCCUCGACAAGGACGCCAAGGACGUCAAUGCCCGCCACCUACUCGAGGAGGGCCCAGAGUUCGCAGCGCAGGCCAGCCGGAGCAGCAGCAAGUUCGAGAGGAUCGUCUAUGACGAGCAACAGAAGAAGGGAUUGGAGGCUUUCCUUGAGGCACAGAAAGAAGUAUUAGGCGAUGACGACGGCAACGACGAUUUGUUCAAGGUGAAGCCCAAGGCUAGAGCAGGGGCUGAUGACGAAGCGGUGGAGGAUGAGGAGGAGAAGCAGACCAAGGAGCUUGCUGGUGAGGUCUUUGGGAAGGAUGAGGAGCUGGAUGAGAACGAGAAGUUCUUGAAGGAAUUUUUCCUUAAGAGGCCGUACCUUGAGGCAGAGAAGAGGAAUUCCUAUCUGGAUGAUAUCCAGGAAUUGUCGGAUGAAGAGGAGCUCGAGAUUCAGGAAGAAUAUGAGCAUGCUUAUAAUUACCGGCAUGAGGAGGCCAUGGCAUCAGGGGCAGUGGUGGCAGACCGGGUAAUGGGACAUUCAAGGGUUGUUGAGGGGUCGGUGAGGAAGAAGGAGAGCAGCAGGAAGCAGCAGCGCAAGAGCAAAGAGGAGCGGAUGGCCCAUAUUAAGCAAGAGCAGGCAGAGGAGCUGAAGCAUCUCAAGAAUUUGAAGAAGAAAGAGAUUGCAGAGAAGCUUGAGAGGAUCCGAAUGAUUGCUGGGGAGGAUUUUCAUCCAGAGGAUUAUGACAAGAAGAUGCAGGAGAUGUUUGAUGACAGUUACUAUGAGGCUGAUGAUGUUGAUCCUGAGUUUGGAAGUGGUGAGAUGGAUUUGGAGAAGCCGGAUUUUGACAAAGAAGACGAAUUGCUUGGGCUUCCUAAGGGCUGGGCUAGUGACCAGUCAAAAGAAGAGUCUACUGCCACUGAAGCGAAAGGUGCAAAAGGGAAGAUCUCUCUCAAAGACAAGGUGGAGCUUGAGAAAGAGAUGGAAGAGUACUACAAGUUAGACUAUGAGGACACUAUUGGAGAUAUCAAGACUCGGUUCAAGUAUAAACAGGUUAAACCCAACAGUUUUGGUCUGAGUACCUAUGAUAUAUUGGUAUCAGAUGACAAGGAUUUGAACCAGUAUGUUUCCAUUAAGAAGCUAGCUCCUUACAGAGAGGAUGAAUGGAAGGUUACACAUCAUAAGAAGCAAAGCAAGGAUUUGAUCCUUGGAGGCCAGAAGAAGGAAGGGAAGAAGGACAAAUAUGGCAAGAAAUCUAGGUCUGAGGAAGGCAGCCCUAGUUCUUCAAAAACAGAGAAAGAAAGGCUGACAAAUGGGCAAGAGUCAACAGAUGUCAAGAAAAAGACUACCAGAAGUGAACAAAGGAAGCGCGCUGCAAGUCUGACCUGA